AUGUCAACAGAAGAACGACCUAGAAGAAUAGUUAGAUAUGGCAGCGUAUGGAAAUCUAUUAUAAAUUGGCCUAUCAAUUACGGAUCAUAUUUGUUACUAAAAGUUGAACAUAAAAUAAAACAAAAUAAUAGUUUUAUAGUGGGAGUUAUUUUGAAUGUAUUUACCAUUUUCUUGAAAUUUUUAUAUCACUUUGAUGAUCCAAACUAUGAUCCUUUAAUCAGUACCAGAUCUUAUCUACGUGUUUGGAAAAUUCCUAAAAGUGUAAAUGUUUGGAUUGAAGAUAAUGAUUUAGAACAACCAGAAUGGUCAAAGGAAUUUCCCGGAAGUGUUUUUUAUCUUUUAUUUUGCGAAAUAUUUGAAAGUAGAAAAAGUAAUGUUUCUUCACCAGUUUGGAUUCUUAGAAAGUGGGAUCCACAUAUUUACUUUCUUGAUUUAUUCUGGUAA